AUGGGUCGUCUUGAUUGGGCACAAGUUUCCUUCGCGUGCUGCGUGUUCGUGAACAUGGUCGACGUCAUGGGAAUGUUCUUCACGGCACCGGUCAUGGUGCCCUAUGGCCAGCAAAUCGGCGCAUCAACCGCUGAGAUUGCGAGCUUCACAACGGUGCGGUUCGGCAUGGCAGUGGUCUCCCUGUUGUGGAUGCCCAGAUUAGCAGACACGAGGGGCGUGAAGCUGUGCAUCUUGAUCUCCGUCUUCGGAACGGCCAUCGCCUACGGGCUCCAGGGCAACGCGUACCUCUUCAGCGGCUGUGAGCGACAGCAAUAUGCAUUGGGGCCUUCACAGGAGAUGAACCUUUGGAAUGGACAUCAGUGCACAGUAGUCAAUGGCACCAUCAGCAUUGUCGACACUGUAGACAGCACAGUAAGUGGCGUUGCAACCGCGGUGGGCUCUGGAGGUGUUCUCGAGUGCACUGCCGAUUGCAACAACAAGGGUGGUGUCUUUGUCAUGAUGGCUGGCCGGGCUAUAGCGGGAUUUUUUGGCGGCACGCAGCCGGUCCUCCGAGCGUACGUGACGCAGAUCUCUCUCCCAAACAUGGCACUCGUGAAGCUCCGCAGCACGGUUCUCUUCGCAUCAAUGCAGGCAGGAAACUUUGCGCUUGCACCAAUCGCAGGUAUUAUUAGUCGCUUUGGACUGCACUGGCCGUGGUAUGUAUCCACCGCCGUUGCGGUCUUGUGCUUUGUUUUUGUAUCGGUAUUCUUCAAGAACAUGGAGGACAUCCGCAGGCCAAAGGACGCCGAAGCGGGUGAAGGAGGCGACCAGGUUGCGGCAGUUGCGACCGCACCUACGCCGCACGAGGGCCCUCCACCUGUGAAGGACAAGAUUCUCUUGUUGAUGCUGCUCGCCUACUGGUGCAUCUUCCAAUGCGUCGCUGCAUUGAUCUUGUUGCUGCCACUGCUGUUGGAGUACGAGAGCUUUGGGCUGAUGGACCCUUCUUCUCUGGAAAAGUCUCGCGAAAGCUUGGCGGCAGCAACCUCCAUGGUCAUGGUGCCUCACGGAAUCGCCAACUUCACAAUGUCCACUGUUGGCUUUCUAAUCCUCUCGUCGAAGAUUGGGGACCGUGCCACGAUGCGCAUCGGCGCCACACUGGCAGCGGUGCUUCUGUGCCUCUACGGCUACGCAUCGAGCCAGCUCUGGCACCUGCUGGUUCUGCAUGGCUUCGUGGGGGUCGGGCUGGGCCUCAUGGUACCCGCCAUUGCGCCCACCUUGCAGAGAUACAACACGAUGGCGCACCCGAACAAGACCUCACAAGCCGCAGCGCUGCCCCUCUUUGGCAUGCAGAUCGGCCAGAUUGUGGGGCCACUUCUGUUCGGUCUGAUUACAGGAGACUCGCAGGACCGAGCCAGGAUGAACAUUGCCUGGCUGGUGGCAGGGAUCAGCUUCUUAGUUGGCAUGCUCCUGAUGGACUUCUGCUUCACCCUGAUUUAUCGACAUCCCGUGAUGAAGAAUUUGAAGUAUACGCCAGAGCAGAUCAAGACCAUGCUUGAAACCAAUGCGGAGGAUGAAGAAAUCUUUGUGGAGAACAUGUGCAAGCUGCUCCGUGGAAUGCUGACUCGAGGCAGCCCAGAGUACCGAGGGGUGAAGCUCUGGUCUGGUGUCGCACAGAGGUUUGUGGAACGGAUCCUCCGAGAGACCAUCCCCAAGAUGCGUGAGGAUCCCCAGGAGCACCUCGAGGAUGUGGCCGCCUGGCUUGCAAAAGUUGGAACCGAAAAGGACCUGGACUAUUUCCAUGCCAGAUUCCCGCACGUGCCCCGACAAAGGAGGUGGCAGAGCGAUGCAUACGCAGGAGAACAAUUCAAUGACACAGCGGCUUAA